GUUCCAUCUUAAUUAAACGCCGUGUUUUCUGCACAGAAAAAAAACAAACACUUCAAGCAUCGCUCCAAAAUCAGGGGGCGGAGUUACGUGACGAAUGACGUCGUGUCUACGACAAACCAGGAAAUAAAAGUAAACACGAAAAUGGUAUUUAGUCAUCCAAACUCAGGCCGAGUCUGUGAUUUUACUGGCGUCUUAUUAAUAAUGUAUGAAGUAUUAAUAUCCCGAUAAGGCCGGAGACACAUUUGGAGACAGACUGAGAACCGAUUUAGCUAUGUUAGCCAUCAGAGCUUCAGAGGAGGAGUCCACUGAGAUGGAGGAGAUGGACACCUCCGAGCCCAACUGGUGCUGGUUCUACCUGGCCGAGUGUGGAGUGUGGCAUAUGUUUGAGAUUGAUCCCAGUGCAGCCUGCUCUGUGACCAGUGCUCAGAUAGAGCAGUGCUACAACAGAAACCAGCGCGGCGUCAUGGAGUUCUACACGGCCAAGUACACGUACAGACUGGACUUCUCAGUAAUGCGGCAGAUAAAUGUAACAACAGGAAAGCAGCGGCCGAUCAAACGCUCACUCCACUCUGCAACUGGCUUCAGAUUCAUUUGUGAUAAUCUUGCCUUGCCUGUUCCCUGUCACUGGGAAAGAAUCAAUACAGACGAGCCGUAUCAGCUCAUCCAGCUUGGCAGAGACACAUAUGAAUUUAAAGAGGUAGCCAGACUUUAUGAAAGGACGAUGGAUCAUCCAAUCAAAUCCAUCCAGAGGAUUCAGAACUUGGACUUAUGGGAGUUCUUCUGCAGGAAGAAAACACAGUUGCGAAAAGUCAAGCGAACAUUGGAUAUUGAGGAGCGAAUGCUGUUCCACGGCACAGGACACAGCAACAUACAAGCUAUAUGUACAUUUAACUUUGACUGGCGGCUGACAGGAAGCCAUGGUGAUGUCUAUGGCAAAGGGAGCUACUUUGCCCGGGAUGCCAAAUACUCCAGUAAAUUCUGUCACACCACAGGGAAACACAACAACACCUUACAGAGACAUGGACUCACACCGCCCAUAUUUGCUACUGAGCCACCAUAUAAGACAAUGUUCCUGGCCAGAGUGCUUGUUGGGGAAUACACGGUUGGUCAUCCUAUGUACUGCAGACCGCCCUCCAAGGAUGCCAGCUUCACAAACUUUUAUGACAGCUGUGUGGACGACAUGGCCAAUCCAAAGAUCUAUGUCAUUUUUGACAGCAACCAGAUUUACCCAGAGUAUCUGAUUGAGUUCUACUGAUGUCUAACCAACAUGGAAAUGUUAGGAUACAGGAUCAGACGACGAGAGGAGACGGGUGAAGAAGCAGCUUAAAGGACAAGUGUGUGGGGUUUACCGGCAUCCAGCGAUGAGCUUGGACUUUGCAUCCAAGCGAAAGCCCUUCCAUUUCCAAGCGUGCAGGACUCGCUCCAAUUUCAAACAACUGUAAAAUUGCUAGAGACCCUUCAGCGUUUGGUUUGUCUAAUCUGGGCAACUGUAAAUAGAUGGCAGCGCAACAUGGAAGAGUUCCCGACGUAGAUAUGAAGACCCUUUUUUAACAAAAACAUCUACUAGCCAAUAACUAAGGCCUUAAGCCUUAUUCUUAGUAUUAGCUUAGCACAAGCCAACAAAAAGCUUUAUUCUAAGCAAGGGGUUAAUAGUCAUAUUUAUUAACUUAGCCUUAUUCGAAACUUCUAGCUAAUAUUCAUGUUUUGGUCAUGAUAUGAACAGCUUGUUCUUGACUGACAAAAACACAACUAUUGGCUAUCAGCUUAGAAUAAGGCUAAGGUAAUGUAGAUAUGACUGUUAGCUACUAGCUUAGAAAAGGGGUAAGCUAACAAAAAUCUUAGCUUUAUUCAAACUUACAACAAGAUUUAGCUUGUAGGGCUAGCUUUUAUGUAACCUUAGCCUUAUUCUAAACUUCUAGUUUAUAUUCAUGUUUUUGUCAUGAUGUAAAUUGCUAAUUCUUGUCUGACAAAAACACAACUAUUGGCUAUUAUCUUAGAAUAAGGCUAAGCUAAUGAAAAUGUGACUAUUAGCUGCUAUCUUACAAAAGGGCUAAGCUAACAAAAAUCUUAGCUUUCUUAAAACUUACAAGGUUUAGCUUGUAGGACUAGCUUUUAUGUAACCUUAACCUUAUUCUAAGCUAGUAAUCCAUUAGCUUAUUAGCUCAGAAUGAGCUAUUGUAAACUAUAUUUCUGUUAAUAGCUGUAAAUCCUACACACUGGCCCUUUAAGAGACAUUUGGUUUUUAUUACAGUCAGAUCCAGUGCCUCACGGGAUCAUUGGUCAUAUAAAGUGCCUUUGGAAAAACUGGAAAAGCAUGAAGACAAUAAAGACAGUGUGUACAGUUUCAUUACUGUACAGGAUAUGUAAAGUCAGGACCUUGUGGUUGGUAUGUUACUGUGCUGUGUAAGGAUAAAAAAAUAAGGACUGAUAAUCAGUCUUUGUGUCAAUUUUGUAUUAAAUUCAGACUCUGUGCUUGCGUACUCAGUGUGUUAAAAAUAAGAGUGGCACUUGCAAAGGUACACAACCCUUCCUUCACAUCCACAGUGCCAUGCAUUCGCAUAUUCACAAAACCAAAAACAUGUUCCUGCUCACUCAUUUUUGCACACUGAUCUGUACAAAAAAAUAUCUGUGUGUAGCUUGUGUCAUAUCAACAUAUAAGCAUGGUAUUUUGUUCACAGUUAUUAUUUUUUAUGUUCUCCUAAAAACUCUUCUACCUCUGUAUUUUUAAACCAUGCACCAAUGCGCCCCUUUCUGUGAAAGGUUUCGUAAUUGUGUCACAAUGACACAAAGUUGUGAUGUCGUGUUUAUUUGUCGGCCCUGAGCAAUAUGUUUUUGUUAUUUUUUUUUUUUUCCCCAGUCUGCAUAAGAUUUGACGAUGACUUGAAUUUCUACAUUCAUUUCAAACCAACAUCAUUAGACUGUGACGUCGCCACCUGAUUAAAUACGCAGGUUGUGUUUGCACCGGUUGUCAAAUUCAUUGAAAAAAAAAAAAAAAAAAAAAGAAU